GUAAUGGUCUCACCUUAGUGUGUCUUCCUUCUUCCUCCUCCUCCUCCUCCUCCUUCUCCAUGUCAGUCCACUCCUCUCUCUCCCUCUCUCUCCUCCUCCCUCCGACCGCCUGAUCCGCCAUGCCUGCUCGGAACCCUAAUUCGUCCUCACCCACCUCCGGCAAUUCCCAAAUUCUCUAACUUUAUCGCCUGCGAAUUUGCCUGCCUCCCUGCCCCCCCACCACCCCUCAAGAACCCUCGAUCCCCACGAGCUUUUUCUCUUCAAGAAUCGCGGCACAUUCGGGUCUGGGUUCGGCCCUUUUCGGGGUUCGCGUUGUGGGUUUCGGCUGGGUUUCGUUUUGGUCCCCGGAUGGUCGGGAUUGGUUUCGAUUGAUUUGCGGGGAGAGGGAAAAAUUUUUCCUUUCUCCGUGGUUAGAUCUGGUUUCGGCUCGUGUUCAUGGCGGUUGGUGGGUCGUGAAGGAGGUUCUUGAGAUUCGACCGCGCCGCGAGAUCCGCCAUGAUUGAUUGAUCCGGCUGGGAAAGCGUCCGACGGAAUCAAAAGCUUUGGAUCCGAUCGGCGGAGAAACAGCGCCACGCAGAUGGCGCUGUUCAGACGACGGUUCUCCUAUCGGACGCCGCCGGAUAGGCUUCUUGAGAUCUCUGAGAGAGUCUAUGUCUUCGAUUGUUGCUUCUCAACGGAUGUCUUGGAAGAAGAUGAGUACAAGGUCUACAUGGGCGGCAUUGUAGCACAGCUUCAGGAUUUCUUUCCUGAUGCUUCUUUCAUGGUCUUCAACUUUAGAGAAGGGGAGAUGCGGAGUCAAAUCUCAGACAUCUUGUCUAAUUAUGACAUGACGGUGAUGGACUAUCCUCGGCAGUAUGAGGGUUGUCCCCUGCUGCCACUUGAAAUGAUACACCACUUCCUCAGAUCAAUUGAAAGCUGGUUGUCACUGGAAGGGCAACAAAACGUGCUUUUGAUGCACUGUGAAAGGGGAGGUUGGCCUGUGCUCGCGUUCAUGCUUGCUGGUCUUCUUUUGUACCGUAAACAGUAUAAUGGAGAGCAGAAGACUCUUGAAAUGGUCUACAAGCAAGCUCCUAAGGAGCUUCUUCAUCUUUUGUCUCCUUUAAAUCCACAGCCUUCACAGUUGAGAUAUCUGCAGUACAUUUCCAGGAGAAACUUGGGUUCAGAGUGGCCUCCUUCUGAUACGCCUUUACUUUUGGAUUGCCUGAUUCUUAGACACCUUCCUCUUUUUGAUGGAGGCACAGGUUGUAGGCCAGUUGUUCGUCUGUAUGGUCCGGACCCUUCGACACCAGCCAAUAGAAGCUCUAAGCUCCUCUUUUCAAGUUCUGAUAUGAAAAAGCAUGCCCGUUUUUAUUUACAGGCGGAAAGCAUACUGGUCAAAAUUGAUAUUCAAUGCCGUGUCCAAGGUGAUGUUGUUCUUGAGUGUAUCCACCUGGACGAGGAUCUAGUUCGAGAAGAGAUGAUGCUUAGAAUUGUCUUUCACACAGCCUUUGUACGGUCAAAUAUAUUGGUGCUGAAUCGUGAUGAGGUCGAUGCUUUGUGGGAUUCCAAGGAUCAGUUCCCCAAGGACUUUAAGGCGGAGGUACUCUUUGUGGAUGCUGAUGCUGUUGUACCUAAUCCCACCUCAGCCACGACUGCUGAAGAUGGAAAUGAGGCUGAAAGUGCUUCACCUGAGGAGUUCUUUGAGGUCGAAGAGAUAUUCAUUAAUGCGAUAGAAGCACAAGAAUGGGAGAGGGAGAGUGAUGUAAGUACUUUGCAAGGCAAACCUAAAGAUGGUGAUGUGAAAGAGGUAUGGAAGGAGGACGUGGAUGCUCAUUCAUUUCAAGAUCGUGCAUCAGAUGAUGGAAACCUCAGACAUGACGUGAAGGCAGAUUCUGGAUAUGAUGCUGUAAAAGACAUUGUUGUGGAUGAUGUGAAGUACAAGAAUCAUCAGGGUGCGGAUCUGGGUCUCCAUAUGGUGAAGAAUCAUCUGGCUACAGCACGUGGAGCCCCACCUCUGCCACCCCCUCUUCCAUCACGUGGAGCUCGACCUCCCCCUCCACCUCCCCCAUCAUAUGGAGCCCCACCUCCCCCUCCGCCUCCCCCUUCAUAUGGAGCCCCACCUCCACCUCCUCCGCCUCCCCCACCUUCUUGGGGCACUCCACCACCCCCUCCGCUGCCAUUGCGAGGAGCUCCACCACCCCCUCCGCCACCUUUGGGCGGAGCACCACUGCCACCACCUCUUUUACAUAGUGAGGAAACAAUGUUGUUGAUAAUGUUUUUGCAUGCUUCAACUAUAACUGGUAUUUCAAGAAGUGCGCAGUAUUAA